AUGGAGGAGCAAACUUCUGACCACGUCGUGGAGGCCUUUGUGGGCCUGCGAGAGGAAGGCAUGCACCUCUGCGCAACCGCGUACCGCUGCAUCAUGGUCGCGCACGAGCGGACCGAGCCAGUGUUCACGCUGCGACUCUACCGUGAGACGGUGUUGCUGGGUGUCAAGAUCGACCGCGUGGCGUUCAACGCAGUGCUGUGCGCCUGCUCACGCCUCGGCAUGACGAAACAGGCCUUGGAGCUAUUCGAGCAGAUGCCCGAGCUCGGGCUAGUCCCGAACGGGAAGACCUACGGCUGUCUCAUCAGGGUCUGCACCGGCGGCAGGAAGAUCAAGCAGGCGCUUGAGCUCUUCGAGUCGAUGCGGACGGCUAGCAUCGAACCCAACCGCUUCACCUUCCGCGAUGCCAUCCGCUGCUGCGUUGAGCUGGGGAAGCUCGACGAGGCCUACGAUCUUUACAGGGAGAUGGCUCCAGCUAACGAAGUCUCUUGCAGCAGCAUGCGUAUGCACAUCUUGGAUGCAUGCCGUAAGAGCGUCCGCCUGUCAGUCGCAGAUCGCAUCCAGGCAGACAUUGGGCCCAUGGGGCUGGAGGAUGGGAUUUGA